AUGGCUGGCUUGAUGCAAUGGCAGGCUGCACCUGGCACAAAUGCUGGCGAUGGCCAUACGAUCAACACGGGUGCACGAUUCGGGACUCCUACACCCAAUAAUAAUGCUAGUCAUGGUGCCAACGCCUCCGUGAUGCUAUUGUACCUCCAGGAGAUUCACGUGUGGUUCACGGUCAAAGUCAUGCCAUUGACACCGGAGGUAGGUCUUGACAUCGGUCAUAUUUCGGUCAUCCCGCUGCAUGCUAAUUCAUCGGUGGACAGAGGAAUCACCUGGUCUGAGGCAUUGGCCCUGGAGGCGUUUUCACUGAUGCAAGAUGAUGGCGCCACGGCUAAAUGCAGCAGUUGCUCGGAUGUUGGCCAGUUGAAGAAAUGUGAACGACCAGGCUGUACUUAUGCGCUGUGCUUCUGGAAGUCAAAUAUGCAGCCCUGUGUCCGCGAUCUAGGUCCAGGUGAAUUUUGGUGUCCCCCAUGUUGGAGCCGUAGGCGCUCUACUCCGUUGCCUUACUCGGUGGUUGCACAAGGUGCCUAUAUUGCCGACCGAAUUUACGCCCGACGCCCACUGGUGUUUCAUACCAUCGCCCUGAAACUUAACGCGUACCCCGAACGGUUGUUGCGAUGUCAGUUGGAGGAGGAAUUUUUACCUUGGAAAAAUAUGCUGUGUUGUACCAAUAUCGAACUGGUCACUGGAGCUGCUUGCCUGCCCAAUGUCCGCGCUCGUGUCCGCGAUGCCCUGGCCUUGGUGAAGGCCAGAUCAGUGGCUGACUUUCUGGUUCUCAUAGACACGCACAGCGAUUACGAGAAUGGCGAGCUGGUCCACAGUGUCGACAAACACGGAAAUGUCUGGACUCAGGAUGCCACAGAGGUGUUCCGUCACCACUUUGGCCCGGAAUUGUGGAAGCGGUCCCUGGAUAUGACCGGCAUCAAAGGAAUGAUCCUGCUGGCCUGUGGUCCAGCGUUCACGCAGCUGUCGCAUUUUGAAAAAAUCAAGUCGCUGGUCUCCAGCAAGCGCCUGCAGUUCAUCAUCGGAUUCACUGCUCAUUCCGUUCAACCCUCUGUGGUCAUGCCCUUCAUGUUACAGACGAUCGUGGAGGUCUAUAUUCACCAAAAGCCUGUUCAGCUGGCCCUUGAGCAGCAGAUCGCUAACUGGACACUGCUGUCCCAUACUCCUGUGGUGUUGGUUUGA